CAUCGUUUUGCAGGACGUUUUUGCCAGCCUGCACUGGCGAACUUUUCUUCCAGAUUCCACAUUGUGCAGCUUGCAAGCAUCCGACAUGCUGGCAUCUGAAGGGGAGAGGAUUUGCUUUGCACGUUGCAAUCCACAAUGAACUUUGUUUCGGUCCGGUAGCUACACCUUGAAUUGGCCAGGACAGAGGCAGGGAGGUCUGCGGGGUACGUUUGAGUCCUGACCACAGUACAGGUCGCUGAAUAAGGAGUCUGAUCAAGUCGCUGGUUGAUUUGCUGCCAGGAGGGAAUUGGAGGGGAUGCUGAAACCUGCAUCGCAGGCUGCAGGUGUCAAGCAUAAAUUCUUUGCAAGGGCCAAAUCAGUUCCUGCUGGGGCGAAAUGAAUAACUACCACAUAUAUGAGACAAUUGGCCGUGGCAAGCACUCGGUUGUGUAUAAGGGGCGCAAAAAGAAGACUAUCCAGUACUUUGCUGUCAAAAGCGUUGAGAAGCUGCAGAAGCCGAAGGUCCUGCAGGAGGUGCGGACGUUGCACUCCUUGGAACAUGAGAAUGUCCUCCGCUUUCAUGCCUGGUAUGAGACGUCCAACCAUCUCUGGCUGAUACUUGAGUACUGCGUUGGGGGAAAUUUGCUCACCCUCCUUCAUCAGGACACGCGUCUUCCAGAGGAGUCCAUCCACGACUUUGCUCGCGACUUGGUGAAGGCGCUGCAGUUCCUGCAUUCAAACGGGGUGGUCUACUGCGACUUGAAGCCGUCAAACAUCCUCCUAGACGAGAAUGGCCGGCUCAAACUCUGCGACUUUGGGCUGGCGCGGCGCCUCAGCGACAUCCAAAAGUUCUCGCUGCAGCAGCUGCCCCAGGCCAAGCGAGGCACGCCCUGCUACAUGGCCCCCGAGCUGUUCCAGGAGGGGGGCGUCCACUCCUUCGCGUCCGACCUUUGGGCCGUCGGGUGCGUUCUCUACGAGUGCGCUACGGGCCAGCCUCCGUUCGUUUCCAACAGCUUUACGCAGCUCGUGAGCGCGAUUCUGGAGACCCCGCUUUCCCCCCUCCCUGCUUCCGUCAGCCCCGAGUUCGCCGAUCUCGUGCAACGGCUCCUGGUAAAGGACCCCGUGCACCGAAUAUCGUGGCCGGAGCUUCGCGUUCACCCCUUCUGGCGCGUCCCAACGAAAGAACUGCCCCUUCCGGAGCAACCCGCGUUCGACCAUUUUCUACGGCAGCGGCGGGCGGGGGAGGCGGUGUCCCUGCCCCCCCUGCGGGGGGCGACGCCCCCGGUCGCGAGCGGGGGGGCAGAAAAGGCAGGCGGGGAGGGGGGGGGGAGUCGGGUAACGGCUUUGCCGGAGUUGGCAGGGGCGCAGCGGCCGGGGUCGGCGCGAAAAGCGGGGGAUGUGAACGUGCUCCGACUCUCGCAAAUCGUACAGAAGAAUUUCCGGAGGGAGGCCGACGGGGGUGGGUAUCGGCAAGGGGGCGAGGAGGGCGGCGCGCAUAGUGACGUCACGCUUGAGAACAACGAUAUCGAGAUCGAUCUGGCGGAGGAAGGCGCAGAGGGGGGGGAGGACGAGGGGGAGGAUACUUCGGGGGCGGUUGAGGCGGCGGCGGCCGCAGAAGGUGUCAAGAUGCCGCUCUCUCGGGAAGAUAGCAGUGCGCUUAACACCGAAAGGUUCCCCAGGGGAGGUACCCCCGAGCCGCACCGGCCGGACGACACGGCCCCCCUGUCAGCGCGAACAGGGAGUAAAACGAGCGCGGGGGGUUCUGGAGACAGCCGGAGGGGACCCCCUACGCCGGACGAAUCUCCAGACGACUCGUCGUCCGAUGGAGUCGAGUCUGCGGUGCAGCAAGUGGCGCAGUCGCAGCUCCUAUGGCACCAACUAGACUUGGCGGUAAAACCAAUCGUCCUCAACCGACGGAUCGAAAAAGUUCAAGAGCCGACGUUCGACCCGCGGGCGCUCCCAGUUGAACCACUCUCGGGGGCUGCGCUUGCGCAGGCCCCUCCCGACCAAUCAGAAGCGUUCCUGGCACGCAUCAUGGCGAGCAUCAGCGGCGCCACGUCGCUCAACGAGAAGCUGAACACGCUGAGCUACGUUGAGACUCUCGCCACCGAAACGGACGCCGCGAAUCAUCUGAUCAAUUCGCAGCUGAUGCCGCUUUUGGUGCGCAUGCUUAAAAUAAGCAAGCCGCCCGUUUUGCGCGCCAAACUGGCAAGCGCGAUGGGGCUACUGGUCCGGCAUGCGACGGUAAUCGACGAAGACCUGGCGGCGUCAGGAAUUGUGCCGAUCCUUACGGAGGCGGCCAAGGAUAAGCAGGAACGCGUAAAACGACGAGCAAUAGCGUCCCUCGGCGAGUUGCUCUUCUACAUCGCGACCCAGAGCGAGCAGUCCCCCAAAGCCGCCAACAGCCCCCCGGCGUGGGAAGUUCCGGAGAUUACGUUCACUGCGGUCGGCAGCAUGUUGCGCCGGGGGGAGGACGAAGUCGCGCAGCACUAUGCGGUCAAGACCAUGGAAAACAUCGCGAGCCAGGGGGGGGCGUGGGCGAGCAAGUUUGCGAGCGGGGAGACGGUGGCAAACCUUGUCUUCAUCUUCCAGAACUCGAAGCUGGAGCACCUGCGCGCCACCGCCGGCUCGUGCCUCGUGCGCCUCGCGCGCUUCCACCCGCCGGUCCUCCCGGCCGCCCUCGAGAAACUAGGCGUGCGAGCUUUGGUUCGCGGGCUCGCGGAGGGCAGCUCCAAGACGCAGCAGACGUACCUCAACCUGCUCAACAUGGGCCUCCAGGCGGGGGUGAGAAUAGGCGCCACGCGCCUGCAGACGCAGCUCAUGGCGGAGGAGCGGGGGCUUGUUCCCACUCUAGUUGGGUUACUGGAGCACGCGUCGGAGGUGCUGAGGGCGAAGGCGCUCGUCGCCGGCUGGGCGCUGUGUCAAGCGAGCACGAGGUGGCUGGUCGCGCUCUGCAAUGCGAAAGUGACGUCCGUCCUGGAGCGCCUGGCCCGCGACCGCGACGAGUACGUGCAGCGCUGCCUGGAGGCGUUUCUGUCGCUGGUCGCCGCGAUGGCGCUCCCCAUUUUGGACCAAGCCCGGGCGGAGCUCUCCAAACUGGCGACCAAGCAAGGUCGCGCCACGCCCUCCGCCAGCCCGCGGACGCCGCCCUCCGGGUCUCGGGGACCGCUCGGCCAGGCCGCUGUGCUACUGCACCUCGUCACGUGCCAGCUCACUCGCAGCCGCUUCGCCGACGGCCGCCUGCUCUCCCUUUUGGGCGUCUGCCUAGCCCGCUCCCAGGACGCACUGGUCGCCCUUGAUGCGUCCCCGAGCAACAGCCCCCGUGCGCCAAAAGACGCCCCUGCGCCUGGCCCCGCGAGCCCCCUCGCUCUAGUUGCCGAGUUCCAGUCGGUGGUGCUUCAGAUUCUGGAGGCCCUGUCGCAGGGGCAGACGCCCACGGUGCUGGGCCAUAAAGAGGCGACCGUGCAACAGGUCCUUCCCGUGCUGGCGGACCUGUACCGCGCGAGCAAGGACGGCGACCGCCGCUUCAUGUGCCUCAAAGACGAGGAGCCCAUUCCCACCUACGCCCAGAAGCUGCUGGCGCUGCUCCUGGACCGGCAGUGUGUCCGGAUCCCGGACCUCCUCCAGCUGAAGCUCCUCCCGCGCUUGUUCGAUUUCCUCGCGGGCGACCCGGAGACGAUUAAUAGUUUCGCGCUCAAGCUGUGCCUGGCGGCCAUUUCCGCCCCGGAGGUGCCAACCCGGGCGCUUUCCGAGGCGCGGGUUUGUGCCCGGUUGGGGCUGUUGCUGCAGGACGUGGCCGGCCAGGGGAAGGAUGAUUUCGUGGAGCCGGUAGUCGCGAUCUGCCGCGGGUUUUUGGAGAGGCACGCGGCUGCGCAGGGCCGCGGAGGUGGCGCGGGGAUACAGGACAUCGCUGAGCUGGCCCUGUCCUCGGACGUCUUCCUCGCGCUGGUGGGCAGUCACGAGGACUCUGUUGCGGACGCCGCCUCGCACUGCGUCGCGCUCUUAUCAGUCGCAGCGCCGCGGUCCAUCGGGGGGGCCCUGUUGCAGAACGUGCCGCAGGUUUUGCAGGUGUUGGAGACGGCCAACAAGUGCCAGAGCAAGGCCCUGCUCGCCAAGAUUCAACACCGGCUGUUGAGUGCCCUUCGGGAGGCAUGCAAGCAGCAGCGAUCGACGGCGGGACCAUCUAGUUUCAACAUGAGUAACGUAGAGCAACUUGAAACUCUGAUAGCCAGACUCCGAAGGUCGACCAGCAGCUCUGUGACGCAAGCAGCAAACGAUUUGGCUGCCGAACUUGCUAGAGUGAUUGCCCGAUAGCAAUGGCAGCCGUGUAAUAGGUUCUCUGUAACAUUUCCCGGGCAACUUUAGGCGGAGUCUUGACGGAUUUCUAAAAAACAUAUAUUUUGGGUAGUGCCCAGGCCUGAUGCCGCUUCAAGUUGGUGACUCAUGCGCGCAAACAGCUUUCACUAGGCAAUUUUCAAUCGCUGAUUUGUCAAUGCCAU